UAUCGAGCUCAGGUUAGGGUUUAAAAGGGGGAGAAAUCCCAACACCAACACUCAACUGAUCAUGGCCUUCUGGGGCGUGGAGGUAAAGCCGGGGAAACCGAUAACGCAUUCCUGUGAGAAGGCAGCAGGAAGGCUUCGCAUUUCACAGGCGACCUUGGGAUUUGGUGAGUCUUCAAAGAGCUCCGUGGUACAGUGUAAUGUGGGUAAUAGAAGCCCGGUUCUUCUCUGCGUGCUGCUACCAGGCCGAAUGGAGUCAUCCCAUAUUGAAUUGGAAUUUGAGGAGGCGGAUGAUGUGGUUUUUUCUGUAGUUGGUCCACGAAGUGUCUACCUUACUGGCUAUUAUGUCCGUCAGAGUGGGCAUUCAAAUGGUCGUAGUGAUACAGAGUCAUAUGGCGUCGAUAUUGAACACUCCCCUACAGAUCGAUCUAAUUACAAUAGUGAGGGUGAUGAAGGAUACGAUGUCAGUUUCAUUAACGAUGAUGAAUGUCAAGUUUCUUCUCCAGGGUCCCCUGUUUUUUAUAGCAAAGGAAUGGAUGAGGUUAUGCCAGAAAAGGAUAAGCCGAAGAGCAAAAAGGGUCGAAAUAAACUAGGUAGGAAAAGACAAUGGGUGAGUGGGUCAGAUAAUGAUGCAAGUUCACCCAAAAAGGAAGAGGAGGCUGGUGAAAUGGAUGUUGAGUGUCAAAAAGAUGCGAAGACAACUACAUGUGGUGAUGAUGGAGAAAUGGAAGAUGAAGCAAAAGAUGCUGAUAUAUGUGGUAGUCAAUCAAAGCAACAGACCGAUGAUAUCAGUGACAAAAUACAAAGGGUGACACAACUGCCAUCGCUGGAUGAAGAAGGGAUAGAGAUUAAUAAGAUGAAAUCUCAUCAUCAGGAAAAACCCAGAAAGAAAAGAAAGCAAUGCCCUGUUACAAAGAGAACCAAUGAAGUUCAGACCGAUAAUGAGGACCCUGGUGUCCCCAGAGUGUGUAAAGAGCAUGGAGCUGAGGCCUCGGCUGAUCUCAUGGGAGUUGGUGGAGAUCAUUUGAUGACAGCUCUAGAAUCGGACUCUGCAAAUGGCCCAAAAUCAAAAGGGAGAUGCAAUGAACUGUUGGAAGGAGAACUUACAGAAGGAACUGAUGAAAAAUUUCAGAAUAUUACUGAAGAUUUAGUUGGGCCAGUUUCACUACAUACUGAUAAUUUGACAGAGAAUCUGCCAGCUGAAAAUGGAGAAUGUCAACAGCAACAAACACCUGAAGAAACCAGUAUGGAAGAAUGCGGUCCUGAAUGUCACAAUGUACAGAGUAAUGGUGAAGUCAUGCAAGAAGUACAUAUUGAUGGAAAAACAGAUGAUCUGCCAGCUGAAAUCAUGCAAGAAGUGUGUGAUAAAAGAAAAACAGAUGAUUUGCCAGCUCAAGUCAUGCAAAUAGAACACACUUACAGAGAAACAGAUGAUCUUCAAGCUGAAGUCAUGCAAGAAGAGCAUGCAGAAAGAAAAAUAGAUGAUCUUCCGGCAGAAAAUGGAGACAAUAAAGAGGGCCAGAUCGAUAGCAAUAUGACCGACACCAAAGUAACUGAGUUACUAGCUAAUGACAGUCAAGCUGAUAAAAUCAAGAAAAAGAGAAAGAAAAAGCAGAGUAAAGGCAAGGGAGACUUGGACGUGAGUGCAAUUCAGAUCACCGACACCAAAGUAACUGAGUUACUAGCUAAUGACAGUCAAGCUGAUAAAAUCAAGAAAAAGAGAAAGAAAAAGGAGAGUAAAGGCAAGGGAGACUUGGAUGUGAGUGCAAUUCAGAUGUUAGAUAAUCAAGAGACUGAAACUGAGACUGAGAGCACUAAAAUAGUGCCAUUUGAUACGAGGACCUUAUCAAAUGGAUUGACUAUUAAAGAUUUGAGCAGUGGACCACCAGGUGGGAGAGUGGCUGUUCCUGGCAAAAAGAUCAAGAUCCACUACAAUGGCAUGUUGAAGGAGAGUGGACUUGUUUAUGAUUCAAAUGUUGGUGGUCCUGCCUUCAAGUUUCUGCUAGGUGAUAAAGCAUAUAUCGACGGAUGGAAUGUUGGUAUUGAUGGUAUGCGUGUUGGUGAUAAGAGGAGGUUAAUCAUUCCACCUUCCAUGGGUUAUGGAGAUGUUCAAGUAGGAGCCGAUAUUCCGCCAAACUCAUGGCUAAUCUACGACAUUGAGUUAGUGAAAGUGUAUCACUAACUUCUGUUUUGUUUAGCUUCAUUUCCCUUCCUUUCUGGCUCGACACUCUUGAAGUUGUGGAAGAAACGAGGGGAUCAAAGCAGAUAGGAUUUUUGUAAUGGGGUUUGAAACUAGGAAACCAGAGUUGAAAAUAUAUUUUUAAAGGGUAAAACCGUUGCUUCGUUUUGGUCUUGCCUGCAAAAUAAACUGAUCUACGCAAACAAUGGUUGAUAAGAUUUGGCAAGUUUUUGUAAAAUCUCAGUAUCAGACUCCAUCUGGUCUUAAGAUGGCCUCUUUUGCAUCUCAAGUAUAUUCCUGUACAA